AUGACCAAAAACGCAAAGGUCACAUCUCCAGCUCGAGCCACAUCCGCAACCCAAACGAGAUUAAGCGCUGAUCCAGCCUUCAGCAUAAGAAAGAAUGAAGGUCAGGCCAGAUUAGAUCUUCAACAGCAACCUGUAAAGGAUCUUCAAGACCAGAAGAAGGGCUAUGAACGCGAGGUGGACAGGUGUAAGGGCACGUACUUUCUCAUUACGCUCCUCUUCUGCGCCAUCGUGAUAUACCUCUUUCGGCAAGCUCCUCCGCCCAAACGUUGUGCAUCUGCGCUAGAAGCACAGGCAGUCCAGAUGAAGGCCACGCCUACUACAAUCACAGUCACGCUACCCAUAGCAACGAACGCCGCGCCGUCAAUCGAGGCCGCACCAGCGAUUAAAGCCGCCUCAUCAACCGAGGCCGCACAAUCAACUAAGCCGUUCUGGACUACCUUGACCCACGAGCAGAUAAGGUCUGUCGUCCGCGAUUAUGAUAAGAUUCAAGAUCGAUACAGAGACAACCAUAAGACUUGGCAACAAGAACAAGAUGCGAAGCGGAAGGCUAACAUGCAACAAAUGAUCGCGCAGUGGGCGAAGAACAUGGCAGAAAAAAGACGACGCGAAGAGGAAGCCCAAGUAAAAGCCAGCAGGGAGCGGUAG